AUGAUUCCUUUUGUACUUGCCGUUUCCUUGUUCCUUGCGCUCGGCACGGGAGUUAGUGCAACCUGCGAGGCCUGUCCUAAUUGCGAUUAUGAGUCAAUCAGUAUAUCGCAAGGGGAUGCAUGUCUUAACUACUGGACGUGCGAAGGUGAUACCAUCACGUGCUAUUACCCUUCUGUUGCAAAUCCGGGAACGUUCAACUUCUGCUCAUACAGUCAACCGAACGAUUGGCCAGUCAACGAGGGCUCCAGCGAAUUCUGUUUCCCGUAUGCGGGAGUCAACUCAAAAUGUGAACCUGGGAAUGACCCUUACAACGUUGGCACCUCAGCCUGCACCGCUUCAUACGGGUAUGUUGGUGAAGGCAACAGUGGGCUGUUAAAGAGGAGUUAA